UCUCACAUUUGGUUUUCUGUUGCUUCAAGCUUUCUUUGUUCAUUCCUCAACAAGAACUUCCCACCAAAAAAAAGGAAGAAGAAAAGGAAAGAAAGAAAGAAAGAAUGGGAAGAGCUUCAGCUAAAGAUUACUCACCUUCGUCGUCUUCGUCGUCAUCUUCACCAUCUUCAGUCGAUUGCAGCAAGCACAAGAACCGUACGGGAGCUUCCCUCUCUUUUGCUUCGUCAAUGUGCCAGUUUUCCGGCUGCAACAGCGGGUGCUCAUCAUCAACGAGAGGAGGAAGGACAAGAAGAGGAGAUCUCAACACUGAUCUGAGGCUUGGACUCAGUAUAGUCUCCCCUGAUGCCCAAAGAGAUAAUUGGAUUGACCCUUCGGCUUCGAAGCAGAGGGAGCAAAGACAAGACUGGCCACCCAUCAAGUCCCUCCUGAGAACCACACUUGCUGUUGCAGGCAAAGCUGAUACCAGCGUUAGCAAUGUACAUAACAACAAUGGCGAUAGGAAUGCUUCUUUGUUUGUCAAGGUGUACAUGGAAGGGAUCCCAAUUGGAAGAAAGCUUGACCUGCUAGCUCUUCACGAUUAUGAUGAUCUCAUAUCAACUCUUGCUCACAUGUUCACAACCCCAAUUGCUUAUCCUAAUGGAGAUAGAGCUGAUCAUGCUGAAAGCCUGCAUGUUUUGACCUAUGAAGACAGAGAAGGAGAUUGGAUGAUGGCUGGAGAUGUUCCAUGGGAGAUGUUCAUGACCACCGUCAAGAGACUGAAGAUCACGAGAUCCGACAGAUGUUAACAUUCAGGACAAUUACUCCAUUUUUCAGAUUGUCUUCUGAUUGAAGAGGGAAGACUAAUCAUACAGAGAUGUACAGUCUCAUGUCAAAUUGAUGAUGACGACGAUGACCACGACGACAUGGGUUAUAUUAAUUAUUACACACAGUGCUAAAACUGCUGAAUCGUUUUUCAGUUUUUGCAACUUGGAGAAUAUCAUUACACAACACAUUGAUAAGAUAAUAGUAAAAAUUGUGGAGAGAAGUUGAAGAACAUCUGGAGAUUUUUGAGUGCUUCUGAUUGCUGGGUACUUUUUGUUCUUGAACUUUCAUUCUUUUCUUCUUUUUCACUUAUCCCCCCUUUCAUCAUGCUUUUACUUUUGUUCCUUCUCUUUAGUUCACGUGGUCCUCUAGCACCUCGUGUUCCCAACAGCAUUUACUUUCGCUCUGGUAUUAUUACCAAUGGAAGUAACUUUUUGAAUUGGAGGUCCUAACAAAA